GGCUGCGCAGGCGCGGGCGGCGGCCAUGGCGACUUUCUUCGGGGAGGUGGUGGUGGCCCCGUCCCGGGCCGGCCUGGACGAGGAGGAGGAGGCGCGGGAGGAGACGCCCGAGGACCGGGAGAUCCGCAGGGAGAUCGAGAAGAAAAGGGAGAUCGAUGUCCUGUGGACCGGGCAGGCGGGCGGCUGUGCCGAGGAGCCCUUGGUGUGCUCCAGGUUCAUCGUGGCCAUUGGAAGGAACGCUGCGGCUUUCCUGUCAUCUUUUAUCCUGGAUUCUGUGUGCUGGGAGGUGGUUGGAGUUGUGAAGCUGUGGAAUGAGUGGUGCAGAACAUCCAGCACCACAAAUGUCCUCCCCACAGACUCUUUCUGUUUGUUCUACAGGUUGAUAUCAGAUCCCACAGUUUUAUUGUGCCAGUGUAGUUGCUACGUGGCUGAGGAUCAACAGUUCCAGUGGCUUGAGAAGGUUUUUGGCUCCAUGCAGAAGAAAGGCUUGCAAGUAACCAUCCUUUCCACGUGUCCUGUAGCUGAUUAUAAAACUCAGGAAUCCACUCUGACACUUGUAUCCCCAUUCCUGAGAGCCUUGAAGACCAAAGAAUUCCAGGAGGAGGUCUGCUGCCCGCUGCUGGAGCAGCCCAACAUUGUGAGGGAUCUUCCUGCUGCUGUUCUGAGUUACUGCCAGGUGUGGCAGAUCCCUGCGGUGCUGUAUCAGUGUUACACCGAUGUCAUCAAGCUGGACACGGUUACCAUCGAAGCCUUCAAGCCUCUGCUUGCUUCUAAAGUCCUGAAGAGUUUAGCCAAGGAUGCCUCUGAAAGCACAAAGAUUUUGAAGAAGUUCCUGACAACCAGUGAAACUCAAAAUAAUAUCUACAUCUGACCACAGCAUUGAUGCUGCACUUUUGUAAACUCCAGUUUCUUCUCUAGAGGACUUCUGAGAUUUUUUUUUCCCCUUAAAAGUAGAAUAAAUUCCAGCAGAUUUUUUUUUUUUUCUACUUAUUUUUUGUUGCCUCUAACUUCAUCACUGCAAACACCCUUUCUUCUGGAGUGAUUUAAGGAAAGAUACCUUGGAUAUGAAAAGGAACUCUUUUUUUCCUCCUCUUGAAGGGAUUAUCUUACCUAAAAGUACUCCUUUUGUAUGUAAAAGAGGAAAUGCAGAUAAGGAAUUCUGUCUGUGUCUAUUGAGAAUUCUCCUUUUUGACUUUGAGACCUGGAGGUUUUUCUGAUAUUUGAUGCUCUUCAAAGAUUUGUCUGUGAUAGAGAAUUCUAUCCUUUGUCCUUUUCCAUCCGCAGAGAAUUUUGUUUAUGUUUAUUUAUGGUUCCACUCACCCUUUUCAAUGAAUGUCUUGAUACAAAAUGCGGUAAAUAAAGAAUGGUUAAUGCCUUUUAAACUUGCUAGUGAAAAAUAACCUCUCCUGGUCAGAGGGGUUGGCAGUAUCACAGGCUGCUUCAGCUGGAUUUGCCAGUGUAUGCUUAUUUAAAUUCACUUUAAAACACCAAAAUUUGGACAAUGGUAGGAAUAAUAAGAGAUCUCUUAGGCAGAGCACAUGAUUUUUAGAGGAAAGUAAAAGGUUUUAAAGUGUCUCAGUAAAUUCUCUGAAAGUUUGCAAAAAUUUCAGCAGUUUAUUUAAAAUAUUAACUAGCAUUGUGGUGCGGUUCUGAGUUACACUCCCUUUAAUUUAACAUUUUGUUUAAGAAAGUGGUGUUCAAGUAUUAAUUUGCUCCCAGGUGAUUCUGUUCUCUUCUGGGUGUAGCGUUGACUUACCCUGGAUGCUCGGUGGAUAUUUUUGAACAGUGUUUUCCUUCACAGAACUGUCACUGGUGUAAAUUUCAGAUAAUUACAGAUGAGCAGAUCUUGCCUAAAGCAGUGCUGGAUUCUGGUCCUGGAUUUUGGAACAAAUUCUGAAGCUUUGUUGGGUUGUUUUUUCCCAUUUCUGUCCAUUCUCGUAAUUCAAAAAUUGGUUUUAUGCGUGAUCUGAGCUUAGAAUUCUGUUGUUUUGAAAGUUGGCUUCACCAUUUUUUUACUUUUGUGUGUUUGGUUCAUAAUAAAUAAAGCAGAUAGCAAGAAA